AUGGUGUUAAUUCAUGAAUUUCGUGUCCCACUUCAUAUGUCAGUGGAUGAAUUUCAAGUGGCUCAAUUGUAUAUGGUUGUAAAUGCAAGUGAAAAACUCACGGGUGGUGGAGAAGGUGUGGAAAUUCUAGUGAAUGAACCGUAUGAUAAUAUCGAUGGACAGAUGGGGAUUUCCAAGCUCUCGGGAUGGAUGAUUCCACGUAAUAAAGGACAAUAUACACGUAAACAUUAUUAUUGCAAGUCUAAGAUACCAGGAUUCAUUGCAACUUUUUGUCCUGAAGAUUCAAUGGUGCUUAUUGAAGAAGCAUGGAACUCAUACCCUCAUUGUGUGACUGUCAUUGUGAACGGUUACUUGGCAAAGAACAAGUUUUAUAUUUCAAUUGAAUCCAUGCACAAGGGAGAUAGAGGUAACUCGGAAAAUGCUUUGGAUUUGAGCAAAAAAGAGCUGAAGCAACGUAAAGUUGAAAUAUUGGACAUUGCCGAGAAAAUGCCCAAGCAAACGCUGCAGGAAGACUGUGAUCCGGCCACGUACAAGUCCGUCAAAACUUCACGUGGACCGCUGACACGGGACUGGAUGAAGAUUGUUGAUCCGGUCAUGACCUGCUACAAAGUAGUGCGCAUCAAUUUCGACUACUGGGGCGUGCAGGGCAAGGCAGAAAAGGUUAUUCGUGAUCAACAGCGACAGUUGUUUCACAACACGUUGCGUCAGGCGCAAUGCCUGACCGAUGAAUGGUACGGUCUUUCUAUGGAAGACAUUCGACGUUUAGAGGCUGAGGUGGUGGUUAAACUUGAAGCCAAACGCUUGACAAACUCGGUCAAGUAG